AUGGAGUCUGGUUUUCUCACCUUUAUUCUUGUUUCUUCAUUUGCGGUGCAUUCCUUUCACUCUGGCAUCACAGACUGGGAUGAUGUCGUGGUGGCCAGAGCGGGUUCGUCCACCACCUUGGUCUGCACUGAUGCGACUGUGAGAGGUCCCGUCACCUUAAACUGGAUGGUAAAGUCACUCGGUGCGAAAGAAUGGAAACUGGUUCUAUCAGCUAGCGAGAGCAAUACGUUCUCUGGCGGUGCCUCGAAGGCAUCCAUGCAAUUGACUGAGUCCAACUUUCAAGGCACUGGGGUUUUCUCACUGUCUUUCUGCCCCAAAAUGGAAGACGGAGGCCUCUACUCAUGUUUGAUACAGCAGCAAGAGAGGAAACUGAAGGAAAGGAUACUUCUUUUAGCUAUCCUUACAGUCACCGUCCUCCCCUCUCCAAUCAUUCCGAAGUACAGCACCCUGCGGAUGAUUGCCAGGGUCACUCCAGACAUCACCAAAAUCACCUGGAUAUCACCGGAUGGUAUUUCCAUAAAGAGCGAGAAUACACCAAACGUGGGCACGGAGGCAAAACUGCCACUGGUGCAGCACACGGACAACGGUGUCUACAUCUGCAUGGUUCACCCUUUGGGAAACAGCAGCAUUUUCCCCUUCAGUGUGAACAUAACUGUUGAUGCAGCUGACAAAGUGGUCUCGCUCACUGAUAACAGAAAUGACACUAUGACCUCUACUGCCACACGGGUUCGGAUGCCCUUGCUCCUAAACUGCCCCAGUUUUCAGGGGGACUUUGUCCGGCUGCAGUGGCAACCCCCAGACACAAGGAAUAACAUGCAGGGUGUGAUCCAGUAUGAUCGCUGGAGGGACUCCACCUCGCUGACCAAGCAUAGCAGGAGAGUCCAGCUUGCCGGCCCGCCCUAUAACUCAGAGGCUGGGAGCUUCGCAUUUCUACUCAAGCCCGAGCUCAAUGAAGGUGGCCUCUACGCCUGUGAGGUGUUCCUCAAUGACAAGCCCUCCAUCCACAGCACCAUGGUCAGCGUAAUGAAAGUUAAAACCAAACGUUCAUCCUCAAAGCUGGAGUUGAGCUGCCUGUACUCCGAGCGGUCCCAGGUCCGGAGCGUCAAAUGGAAGCACCAGAACACCAAUCGCCAGCUGCAAAUGUCAAGCAACAGCCCGGGCAGCAUCACCACCACUGUGCCCUUACCAAUCACCCCUGACACAGCUGGAAACUACACCUGCACCCUGAAGCUGAAAAAUGGGCAGACCAUCUGUGCCAUGCAAGCUGUCACGCUGCCCCCUGAAGUGCAUGUCGGUGUCACCGCCCCCCCUAUGCUCCCUUCUCUCUCUGCUUUAUUACUCCUGGUGCCCCUGGUUGCUGCGGCUGUUGGUGUGUUGCUAUGGAGACAGAAACAAAUUUCUGAUCGUGAUAUCGAGUAUUCGCUGUCUGUCCAGUCGGGUGAAGUAGAAAACAUCUAUGAGAAUCCUGAUGAUAUCAGACAGCAGGGUCCUCCCCAGGGAUCGGUCUACAUGGAUUUGAAGCCGAGAGGAGAGGAUGAUGUCUAUAAGGAACUGGAGCGAUACGAGCAGUGUCAGAGCUGAUCACCUAUACCCACAUC